AUGACAAACGACAUGCUCAGGAAUAUGUACAAGGGGCGUCCACCACCACUGCCACCACACCUGGACGAUAACGACGACGACGACUCUACAGAAACAAACGACACCUUCGACUCUCUUUCCUCGUCCUUCCUCAACCCUUCUCCAGCUGUGCACCCUUCCAAGCUCAAGCAGACCGGCGGUAGAAGUGGAGGAGGUCCGUACAGUGGUGCUUCCAAUCGGUACGCAGCGCUGGAAUGGAAUGGCUUCUUUCAAGAGAAGCGGUCAGUGACAGUGCCGGGCAAUGAGGCUGAAGGCGAAGCGGAUAUUACUUUCAACGUGUACGAGACAAAGGGCAAGGCUGGGGCACCUGUGUUUGUGAUGCAUCAUGGUGCUGGACUUGCCGCGUUGUCCUUUGCGUUGACGGCUAGAGAGAUCAACAAGCUUGUUGGAGAUGGAGCUGGUCUACUAAGCUUUGAUGCGCGAGGACAUGGAGAAACAACGUCAGGAGAUGAACACAACUUGUCGCUGGACCGACUCGCCAAGGACCUCGAGAAUGUGAUUUUCGCCGUCUAUGGUCAGCACCUUCCGGACAUUAUCCUUGUGGGACACAGCAUGGGCGGAGCUGUGGUAUCGGAGGCAGCGUCGCGAGGAACGAUCCCCAACCUGAUUGGCGUCGCGGUGCUGGAUAUCGUCGAAGGCGUUGCUAUUGAAACAUUGACCUACCUGAAUGGAUGGAUUGAACGCAGGCCAGUCAACUUUCGAUCGCUUGACAAGGUCAUUCAAUGGAGGUUCGUCAAUGUCUAUUCCUUCGAGAUGAGUAACCCAUGCUAUGGUUGGCGGACAGACCUGGCAGCGUCUGAGCAGUACUGGAAGGGAUGGUUUACGGGAUUGACAGAAAAGUUCCUUUCGUGCAAGGCGGGCAAGCUGUUGGUCCUUGCAGGGACGGAUCGGCUGGACAAGGAUAUGACGAUUGCACAGAUGCAGGGCAAGUUCCAGAUGCUUGUCUUUCCAAAUUCUGGCCAUUGUGUUCAAGAAGAUGACCCUGAGCGAAUGGCGAGGGAGUUGGUCGCGUUCUGGAAGCGGAACGAGAGACUUAUCCUGCCGCCCAAACCGCAUUCUUUUCACGCGUAG